AUGACUUCACGGCGCGUGCGGGCAUCCGGACAACAAAGAAUCAACAAAAACGCCCGGGAGCGAGAGAAGCGGCGGAGAGACCGGCUGGUCCAAUCCACCCAUGACUAUGGCUGCCUGUUCGGAGCUAAAGCAUACCUGAUCAUUCAGGACAGUCGCGGAGAGGUUACAGAGUACCAGAAUUCAACUCAGUGGCCACCAUCGCGAAAACAAUUACUACACUAUUUCCCCAUGGCAGAACGACUAGGUCCGAAGGACUUCACAGCAUCCACACAGGACCCUACCAGAACGGCAGCUCCAGGACCUUCGAUACAGAUACCACCGCCAGGGACAGGCGCCGACCCGUGUCAGACGGAAACUUUCUUCCCGGGCAACAUCUUGAAUCAGGAAGACCAACAGGGCCAGACAGCCAGAGCUGACCUACAGAAUGAGAUGGAUGCACCGUACACGUUCGCGUUUGCCUCGGACACGGGAUUUUUGGAUACUCUUUUCGAGAAUGGCAUAGACAAGGAGCAAAGCUUGGAGCAGAAGAUACCGCUGUAG